UAUGUCUGUCUAUAUGCUGCUUUUGCCAGGGAUAGACCAGGAAUGGAGUCUUAGAACUUUUAGCUGUGGUGUGCAGGAAAUCCAGCCCGUCAUCAGUGGCUACGCCCGCAUAGUGAAUGGCGAGGAGGCGGUUCCCGGAUCCUGGCCCUGGCAGGUCUCCCUGCAACAGUCGAAGACGAACAGCUGGCACUUCUGUGGCGGCUCCCUGGUCAGUAAGCGUUGGGUGGUGACAGCUGCACACUGCGGAGUGACGAAAUCCAACGUGGUGGUGCUCGGGGAACACGACCGCAGCUCCUCCCAAGAGAAAGUGCAGAAACUGGCCAUCCAGGAGGUUUUCACCCACCCGCAGUAUAGCUCCUCCACCACCAGCAAUGACAUCGCGCUCAUCAAGCUGGCCACGGACGCGGAGCUGGGCAGCACCGUGGCCCUCGUGUGCCUGGCAGCCGCCGGGGACCGGUACCAGAGUGGCCAGCUCUGCGUCACCACUGGCUGGGGCAAGACCCGCUACAACGCCUUAAGCACCCCAAGCAAACUGCAGCAGACGGCGCUGCCCCUGCUGACCAAUGAGGAGUGUAAAAACUACUGGAACGGUAACAUCCUGGACUCCAUGAUCUGCGCUGGAGCAGCAGGCUCCUCCUCCUGCAUGGGUGACUCCGGCGGCCCCCUUGUCUGCCAGAAGAACGGAGUCUGGUAUCUAGUGGGCAUCGUGUCCUGGGGCAGCAGCCGCUGUGCCACCAACAUGCCAGGCGUCUACGCCCGCGUAAGCCUGCUCCGUGCAUGGGCCGACAGCAUCAUGGCCAGCAACUGAGCCUGCUGGGGGUCUUAGCAGCUAGGCCCCAGAUCGGCGGCUCCAGCUCUCCACCCUUCUCUCCCCACGGGUGACCUAGUCCCACCUGUGUCAAAGCCAGCCCUGUGGCCUUCCAAUAAAACCUUUCUGCAGCAUGGCGCCUCUUUGGGUUCCUGCCAUCUUCGGGGCACCAGCACACUGUGUCCACCAGACUUGGCACAGCCUGGGCACCACGUGCCAGCUGACCCAGCAGGGGUUGCUGACACCCACGGCGCAUAGGCAGGGCUCACAUCAGCUCCCCCAACUGAGCUUUGUACCCAAGGCAAGGUGGCCAGCCAGGCUGUGGCCACUGGUGGAGCCGGGGAAGACGAUCCAUACAAUCACAGAAUAUCAGGGUUGGAAGGGACCUCAGGAGGUCAUCUCGUCCAAGCCCCUGCUCAUGGCAGGACCAGCACCAACAAUCCAACUAAAUCCAUGACUGAAGGGCUCCCAGAGCUAGGGUGGGGGCCAGGAUGGCUCCAGCCACAGCCCCGUGUGGGGGCUGAACUCAGAGCUGCGCCAGCAGGUGGCCUAGACAGGACUGGGUCUGCACACCAGAGGGCAGCCCCCACAGCUUGUGCAAGGGGGUGGCAGCUUACGGGCUCGGGAUUGUGGCGCUCAGACCCAGCUUGCCCAGCUGCUUGGAGGGGUUCCCCUAGCUCUCCGGGCGCUAGCAUAGUAGAAGCUGUGUGGCUCGCCCAGCUCUGCAAGCAGCCCAGAGCCCUCUGUAGAAAAGAGUGCUCCGCCCUCCUUGCCUGCGCCUGUGCUUAGUGUUCCCAUCUGCUGUUACCCAGCCGCCACGCUCCAUGCCUAUGGUGGCUGCAAUUCAGUGCUGGAUGAACGAUCCAGGUGGCUAGGGGCUGGUGCUCGGGGUUGGACAGCCCUCUAGAAAUGCAAGUGCUUGGCUGGCUGCUUGUUUCCUCCCUUCCCCAGUGCUGCACCAUGUAUACCCAAUCCAGCUUCUGGUCACCCCUGGAGUCACCGCCUCUACCCUCUCCACAGCCCCUUCUCCACCUCUGGUCUGCUGAGCCCACCCGCUCU